UGUCUCCUCUGUUUCCAUGACAAUCAGGUGAUUAGCUCACCUGGCACCUGGGGAAGUCUUUCCUCCACAGAGACUGAGACAUUGUUCAAACUGUUUCUGUUUCUGCAGCUACAACAUGAAAACUGCUUUGUUCAUCGUUGGACUCAUCUUUUUCUGCUGUGAGUCCACAGAAAGAACAACAGCUGAAGGCCAACUAGAUGCAGGUUUUGUCCAGUCUGAGUGUCGAGAUCGUUACCUGUGGAUCCACGUGGCCUCAGGACAGACGCCUCGUUUCGAGGCCGUCGAUGGAACUGAAGUCCACUCUAUUGGUGAGCAGCUUGCGUCGCGAUGUGGUUACACCAUCAGCAUCUUCAAGAUGGACAGCUACACCACCUUCAGAGCUUCAUACUAUUCCUGCUUCACCCAGAACCAGAAUGACGAGGUGUUCACCUUCAGGUUUAAUGUGUUGGUGAGUGAUCGUGGUGGCAGGUGGACCAGCCAGUCUGUUUCUGCAGUCUGUCCUGGUCUCACCUGGACUCACAGAGAGAUCAUCUGUGAGGAGGACUACAUGGAGGUGAAUGUGAACAGAGAGUCUUCAUGUGGAGGUCACCAGGGGGACGGUGGAAAGGUUUGGCAGGAGGCUUUCGCUCAGGCUCAGAAGACGGCGAGCUUGACUUGGCAGCUGAUGUUCAGGCGGAGUGAUGGGCAGGUUUCCUCCAUGUCUGUCACUGAGGCCCAAAGGUGGGGUUACAGCCUGACCACCACCGCCCAGAGGGUGGUGCUUCGAUCUCCAUACAAACAGCCGCAUGCUGAGGUCACGAUGGUGGCUGGCGUCUCUGUCAAGGUUGUCCAGGUUUCUCUGUUCUUUAAGCAGAAGCUGGUCAUGGUGAUGAUUGACAUGUCCAUGGCCUGUACAGUCAAUACAGGCUCUUUUGAUGGGGACCGGCUCCUCUGGGACAUCCCCCGGGUCCUGACUCCACUCGUCGGGGAGGGAGCAAGAUUUGAGAGUCGAAGCUUCAGUCUGGGGGUGGAGAGUGUGCUGCUGGAUGAACCCACCAUGACCUCCAGAGGAUUCAAUAUGGUCCAACGAGGAGGAAUGAUCCAGAUCAGCGUUCCGUUUGGAGCUGAAGGUGGCUACAGGAAGAGUUUGGUGGUGAACAACAUGUACAAGGAGGCGUAUACGAUCUUCCUGCUGUACGAACACGUCUUCUCUCUGCUGUAUGAAGACGGCAGCAACAUCGACACCAGGCACAGAAUGCUCCGAGUACUCGACACACCACUGGUUUGCCGUCCUCCCUUCAGCCUCAAUCAGACAGUCGGUGGUGGCAAGGAGUUCAACGUCUACCUGGGUAACAUUCCCACUGAUGUCAUCUUAGAGGACGUCUGGAUCAAUGGGAAGCGGCUGCCAAUGUCAGAGACAUCACAACAAGGCUUCAAUAUCAGUCCUGUUGUUCACACAAAUGGCAGUCGAAGUUAUGAGCUCCGAUUGCCCUUUGAGGAUGAAAAUGUGCACUGGAUGUAUUUAGGUGGAGGUGUAGUGGAAUACUCCAUCGAUAUAAACUUCACUUUAACCAUCCUGCCUCAGAGAAAUUCCUACUACUACCACACCUUCAUUACAGCACGAGUGUUCAACAGAUUCCCUCCAGAAAUCACUGCUCAGUGUUCAGAUGAAGGAAUCUUCUUCAGCGUGGCCAAACCUCCUCACAGUCAUAUUAUCUGGGAGGUUGGCAUCGACCAUGAACCUCUGACGCAACAACUGGUGGCCCAAAGAGGAUAUCGCCUCUACAACGACAGCCACAGAAGCACCCUGGAAGUCCCUGUGUUCUCUGUUGGGUACACAUAUGAAGAAAUAAACUUGUCAAACUUUUAUGCAACAUUUAAGCUUCUUCUGAGAGACUCCAAAUCUCUGGAGGUCCAGACAUCCACCUCCAAACGCUGCCUCUUCCGAACUGAGGACAUGAUAGUUUGCUCUGCAGAUGGGACCAUGACGGUGGUGACAACCCCAUCCUCCACCUGGCCCACAGUUCAGCCUGAGAAAACCACUCUGCUGGACCCCACCUGUAAGCCUAAAGAGACUGACAGAGCCAGAGCCUUGUUUGAGUUCAAGCUGGACUCCUGUGGGACCAGAGCCAUGGUCAGUGAGUGGUACAUGGUUUAUGAGAACGAAAUCCUCCAUGAUAGAUUGCUGAUGACAGAUGGCCCAAACUUCAUCUCCAGGGAAACUCAGUUCAAGGUCACAGUGAGGUGCUUCUAUCCACUCGGUGCAGUCAACAGACUGUCUGUGGACAGGAUCUUCAAAUCAGCGAUUCCUGGACUUGGUUCAGUCAAAGUCUUUGAGAGCCACACAGAUCCAACAAACAAAUUCACUACUAAACACUGUCCAGAUCAGAGUUCAGCGAGGGCCACAAACACCCCAACAAACCAUGUUAACCCAGCCCCAGCUGCAGAAGAAGUUCUGCCUCAUCCCGGCAUCAUGCCUCCACCAAAACCUGGGCCCAGUCACUUCAUCACAGUGCCAGGAGGACACAAGAAGCAGCUCCCCUUAUUAAACUUUCCAAACCCAAAUCUUUCUCCUGAAACUCAAAACCACCAAGUCUUUCAACAGGUUUCAUCUCCUCUUCGUCAUCUCAUGCUCUGGACAGAGGACCGAAAUGUAUUCUCAUCUCCAACAGAUUCCCACUUCCACAGUUCUCUUCCCAGAUAUGAUCUGUUACCAGACAGCAGAGCCCAGCUGUCACAUCUCAACACACCAAGCGUGGACUUUACAAAAGUAAAAGCAGAAACUUCAAGACACAGUGAAGGAUAUCUAGGCUUGGACUUGGAUUCACUUGGCAUGCAUAAUGAGGCUCCAGUUGUUCAACAGUUGGGAAGCUCCAGUCAGACUCCUACACCUCAAGGUUUAAACAGUUUAAGGGACAACUUCUGGCACUCUGCCCUGACAUGGGGCCUGCCUACUCCUGGCCUAAAUGGAAUUGUCAAGCAAAGUCCAGAGAGUCCGGUGCAGAGUUUUACAGUCCAAUCUUCUCUUAGCAUGCCAGACCUGAGUCAGCAACACGAGACCCACCCAACUAUGAGCAAUUACAAAUCCUUAGGUGGUAGGAUGGAAAUGGCCAACAUGAGAGGAAGGCCUUUGAAUCUGCCUCAAAGUCAGGAUGAGCAUCAAAUGCAUCAGUUUCAGCCAGCCCUUCAAACACCGGGCCGCAUAAGCUAUAAGCUGCAUCUGCCCAGCAAAGACAAGAAUUACGAUCCCGCUCAUACUAAACACACCACAUCCAAAAAUCAUGUCCCUGAUUCAUCUGGAGAGCCACAGUUGUUUGUCAGUGGUGAACUGACGUCCACUGCAACCAGCCAAGUUGACCAAAACCUGGAGAAAAUUGGGUCUAUUGAAAGGAGGAAUGUUCAGCCUGCAGUGCAGAACAUAAGAGUAAAACCUUUAAGUAAAAUUGUGUCUUCUGGUCCUCAUCUCAAUCAGAAACCUGUUGCCCAAAAGACAAACUCGCAAAGCUCUAGUCCAUCCAGCUACACCACCAGUACCAAAGCUGUCAACAAUGGUGGGAACCCUUGGACAUCCCAACAGCUUCUGGGUUCAAACACAAGAGAGGAACAUGUUCUUAAGCGAACAGGUUUUUUAUUGCCAACACAGAAUCAAAACCAUCGUGACAGUGUCCAGGACAAAUGGGAUUGGUCUGAUCUACCCUCAAAUCACCAAGAACACGAGCAAAAACUGGUCUCCACAUCCUCAAAACAGCAGGGACACAAGAAGAAUCUGGUCCUUUCUCCCCGCUGCCAGCAGGGACGUGAGCAAAAACUGGUCCAUCCAAGCCAGAACCAGCAGGGAUAUGAUCAUGUCCAAUCAGCCACUGAGACACAAAAUAGAGGACAGGAAUCUGCUUCAUUUUGGAGAAAUAUCUUUCCAACAGCAGGGGCGUCUCACAUCAGAGUCAGACCUCCUUCUGGUCUUUCAGGAAGACUCCAGACUUAUGACCUGUCCAGCCUGCAGAAUUCCCAGAUCCCAGACUCUGUGUCCACAGGAGGAACCAGCAGGAUCUCCUUCCACAGCUUCACACCACAGACCAUCAGAGAAUAUCAAACAACUGAACCCAGCACACUGAAUGUAGGGGGCCUGAAGCCAUCUGGAGGAGAAGCUAGGUUCACUGGUCCCCACACUGGUCCUAAUGGUUCUAAGGAUUUGGAUUCCACCCUGAAGAUCCAGAGCAGGUUUGGCUGUAGUGGUGUGUCCAGUCAGAAUGGGGGCAGCAUUCAUCGAGGCAUCUUCAGAGGUACCAACACAACCAGCACUCACACCAGAUCCCCAUACACCACAGUGUAAAAACUCCAGACAAGAACCACAUUACAGAGUUCACGUUACCUUUCUUCCCUCUGCUCACCCCAGCUGUUGAACUGGGAAAGGCACAGACCAGCUUCAGACUUAGCCAGGGUUUUGCAAGAUUAAAAACUGACAGUGCAAAUGGGUUUUUAUAGCUUGUGUCAUUUUUUUUUUUUUUUUAACUUUGUAAAAUUCUGAGAUAAUGUGAAACAAGCCUUUUAUCUCUGUCAGAUGUUACAAUGACAAUAUUAAAAACUAUAAAGCUGGAUGUUAUAAAGUCGUACCACUGACAGUAAACAAUGCAGAUGUGAUUGAGAUUCAUGAAAAUGGCUCUUUUCUUAAAAUUACUUUUACCUGAUUAGUGUUGACUGAAUGUCUAAACUCUGAAAAAUGCAAACAUAUUUCCUUUAAAGCUGUUUUUAAUUGGACUACCAAUCAUUGUUUUCAAAUAUUUAAUUUAAACAUUAAAUAAGAACUGAAAUAGAGCCUAAAACAGGAGAAGUGACAAUUUAAAUCUGAAACCAUGUGAUUAAAGACGUCUGUCAGCUUGCCCUUUUUGAUACUCGGAUUCAAAAACAAAAUUUAAAAAUCAAAUAAAAUGGUAUUUGUUAUAAAGACCACAGAUUUACCAAGCGUAAAUGAUCAUAGACAGGAUCAAGUCUAUGCUAGUUCACUAAGGUAAAUCUGACAAUAAAGGCUACUUCGUUUGACUGAUGCGAACGUCUGAAUGAAACUAGCAAAUAUAAACUGUUAUUACAUCACAGCUGGCCAAAGCUUAGAUGUAAUCAGAACCUUAAUACGUAGUGGGAAAUGGAGGAAGAAAUUAAAAAUAGCUUGAUCUUCCAUCAAAACAUUAAUCUGUCAUGAUGUUGAUAAUCAAGUGUUUUCAUCAAUGUUAAAAAUGUGCUGUUUUUAAUUUCUGAAAUAAGAUUUUUAUCAAAUGAUAGCAAUAAAUGCUUGCGUUUUGGACAGGUAAAUCAGUUUUUAGGCCUUCUAAUCUGAAUUAACUGAACUGAUUCAAAAACUGUGAAACCCUACUUACACAGUGAACAGCUAAAGUCAGAACGAAGAUUUUAAAAUAUACAGAAGAGCUGAACAAACCUCUUUUGUGCUAAUUAAUUGUUAUAAAAACUGGAGUUAUUUCCUCUGUCAUGUUUCUUUAUGAUCAGUUUAUAUCACUAAUGUGCUGGUGAGCUUUAGGCGUUCUGCACCACUUCUAUAAAACAGCUGUGCUGAUGUUUGUCUCUGUCCUUUCAGGUAAACAGGUCAGCUGACGAAGGACAAACACUAUCUGCAGACCCUGAUUCAAUAAAGUUUCUUUACAUUCA